UUGGCUCGCAGCUUUUGCCGCCGCCUCGGCCGACGGCAGUUUUGUGGCGCUUUUUUCGCCCGCUGAAAGGGCAUGCUGCAGCUACCAGACUGGCCGGCAUGGGCCAGUCGUACCUUUUUGGUCUUGGCGGCCAUCACGGGUACUGUGGCCAUUGGCGAGCGCGUUAGCGCGAAGAACAGUGGCAAGGAGGAUGAGGACAAGCCCUCCGGCGAGCGGCUCAAAGAGUUCCGGGCCUUCCAGCGGCAGUAUUUGACGGUCUACACCAUCAUCAUGGGCGCUGACUGGCUCCAGGGCACCAACAUGUACACGCUCUACCAGAGCUACGAUGUGGAUAUCAGCGCAUUGUUCAUCACAGGCUUCACAUCUUCGGCCAUUUUCGGCACGAUCGUAGGGAUGUAUGUGGACAUCUGGGGCCGCAAGCUUGGAUGCAUUGUUUACCUGGUCAUUGAGGUAAUCGUGAACCUCUUUGAGCACGUCAACAACUUCCCUCUGCUUCUGCUCGGCCGAGUGAUGGGCGGCGUUAGUACGUCGUUGCUCUUCUCCGCCUUUGAGACCUGGAUGGUCUCAGAGCACAGAAAGCGGGGCUUUCCCGAGGGAUGGUUAGCAGAUACCUUCGGCACUGCCUCCUUCAUCAACGGCAUGUCUGCGAUUGUUGCUGGCAUUUGCGCCCAGUUGGCGGCGGACCGACUGGGGGAGAUCGGGCCCUUUCAGGCCGCCAUCGCGCUCACCGUGUUGGCCCUCUUCUUUGUGGUCUUCUGGGAGGAAAACUACGGGAGCAGCGAUGAGGAGGGCAAAAAGAAGGAGGGCGAGAAGGAAAGCUCCACAAAUGCCGGGGUUGCCUUCAAGGCAAUCAUGUCAGACAGGAAGAUUUUCUUGACCGGCCUGGUGAAUUCUUUGUUCGAAGGUGCGAUGUACUCCUUCGUCUUCAUGUGGGUGCCCACGAUGCUGGGUGCCCUCAACGGCAGGCCGUUGCCUACGGGGCUGGUCUUCUCCAGCUUCAUGACGUGCAUGUCGCUAGGCGGGUUGCUGUUCUCGCCCCAGCUCCUGCUGGGCAUUAUGUCCGCAGAGCAACUGGCGGUGGGUGUGUUCUUGGUUGGCGCUGCAGCGCUUGCGGUGCCAGUUUUCUCCAGCGGCCUGAUACCCGUUCUGCUGAGCUUCAUCGUCUUCGAGACCUGCGUUGGUCUCUUCUUCCCGUGCCUGGGUCUGCUGCGGUCCAAGGUGAUCCCAGACGCCAUCCAGGGCAGCGUAAUGAACAUCUUCAGAGUGCCGUUGAACAUUUUAGUGGUGGUUGGAACAAAGCUGACCGACAUCUAUCCGACUCAGACAGUCUUCUCCAUCAUCGUCACUUGGCUUCUGGCAGGCGCUGUGAUGCAGGUGGUGCUGGUCUCGUCCAUGAAGGAGGUCAAGAAGGACUGAUCGAUGCCUGGCAUCAGAGGAUGAGCGGUCUGAAGGCGGUGAUCCUUUUCCAAGUCUCCCAGAGUGAGGUUGCGAUUCAAUUGGCUGAAGCUGUCGCUCCGCGAAGGCUCGGCCGUUCCUGCAUCUCGUGCCUGGCCACAGAUGUGCUGUGCAUGGCCGAAAGGGAUAGCAUUAUCCAGCUUACGGUUGCCGAAACUGGGGUCAGUGUCUUUUUGUUUGUUUUUUCUUGGGG